AUGACUGGUAUUUAUCAAUUUGGUGGUAGUGUAAUUACUCCAACAUUACUUGAAAAUAAUUAUGAAGAUGACACACCUUUAUUAAAUGGAAAUAAAACAGAAUUUACUAAUGAACAAAAGAAAGUAAUGAGAUUAUUUAUAAUAGGUUUGUUUAUUAAUGCUCUUUGGUUAUAUAUUAUUUUAAAAUACAAACAUUCAACUGAUGAAAUUAUUAAAAAAUGGGUAAUGAUUUCAGAGUUCUUUUUAGUACUCUCAAUUAUUUUCUUGAUUAUAGUGAUUAUUGUUAUUAUUGUGGUUAUUUUGGUAGUAAUUUAA